AUGUUCAAGUUGUUUGUGUUCUGUGCGCUGAUUGUGGCCAUCACUGCUGAUCACAUCGAUCGCGAUGCCCGCGUCCUGGACCAGCGCAGUGAGGUCAAUCCCGAUGGAACCUACCAGUAUAGCUACCAGACCUCCAACGGCAUUGCCGUGCAGGAGAAUGGCGUCGGAGGUCACCUGUCCCAGGGUGUUGCCCAGUGGUACACUCCCGAGGGCACGCCAAUCACCCUUCAGUGGCGCGCUGACGAGAACGGAUACCAGCCAUCUGGUGAUCAUCUGCCAACUCCCCCUCCAGUGCCAUCCCACGUUCUGCGCGCCCUGGAAUGGAUCCGCACUCACCCUCAGCGAGAGGAGCCCGUGAGGCGCUUCUUCUAAGCCAACUUCCUCCUCCUUCCUAAACCACUCCUUUCAUCCCACUCCCGAUUUGUAUACCUGAGAUUGAGAUAUGUUAUCUCACCACAAGAGAAAACAGUUAAACAAUGAAAUGUUUGAGCAAAAAAACCAAAUCAAUUUC